GUCCUCUUCCAUGGCAAUUUAAAGCUCAACGGAGAGCAGCCUAGUUCUUCGUUGGUGUUUCAUCUGGCCAUAGUCUCUAAUCUCUUAAACAUCAUCUUCCUCUUCGAUCCAAGUGUUCUUCCUCUUCAUCGGACGUGUCAAAUUCGGGGUUUAUGUGUGAUUCGAUUGUGUUUUGAUUGAUUAGGAACUUGCCGAGGCAUCAGUUCGUAUGGAGAAAUCAUCUUCUACUGUGGAGAAAUAUCAGCUAGGGUUCCUUGUCUCGACUUUUGCUUUCAAUCUCACCAAUCUGCUCGUCUUCACUCCCAUGACCAUCGAUAUGAUGAAGCAAAGGCACAAAGUAGAGAGACAAAACAACAUUGGAGAUGGAGUUGGUAAGUUGGUUGGUCCAAGAAUAAGGACCAACCACGGCUCUCAUGCUAACAUCUUCUCUUUUGGAAGCCUUGCCAUGCAUUCUUGGUACCUUGCUGGAAAGAUGAAUCUCUAAGUUUCUUGUCACAAAGUUCUGAGCUUUUAUGCCCUUCCUUCAUGAAUAAAAUCUUUUGCUUUGUAAGAUUAUUAUACCAGAAGGUGAAACAGUUUGUCAUAAUGAUAUCUUUUUUUUUAAACUAGAUGUUUUCUUUUUCUCUGAAA